AUGCCUUCACAACAUCAACCAGCGUUCAUCACCUCCUUCCACGAUGAAUCCCGCGACACGAGAAGGCCAACCCGACGACUCGAUCUGCCCAUCAUCAACUCUUUGGAAUCAUCAAUCAAUGACCAUCCAUUACCCAUGGUGAUCAUGACAAAUGUGUAUCACUCCACAAGGAAUUAUCAAAUUCAUUCCAUGACUCGACAAUUACCCAACACAACGACGACAACGACAACACCAUCCUCCACCAAAAACAUUCCCAAUGAUUCAUUUCAAUUUCGCGAAAAACCCAAGGACAUGACCACUUUACAGUUUCAAACUCCUAUAUCAUCCAUUCCCGAUCCUCUUGGUCGUGUCGUCGCUUUUUCGGAGGACCAUCAUUCCAUGAAUCCCAAAUCCCAUCCAAUAUUGCAUGAUUCAGACGCAACCAAUCCCAUCCAAAACCAUUCGACUCACACCUUCAUGUCAGGUACUAGUUCCACCAAUGACCUUCUUCACCACCCUAAUUCAGACCAAUCUCCUCCACCACUCCCUCCACCCAUUAUCUCCUCCUUGUCAUCAUCCAAUGAUUCCAAUAAUAUCAACAACCAAUCACGUCCAACUUGGAGUCAUUGGCUUUCCAUGCUCCUUCAUCAUUUCUUCUCUUUCAUGAAUACAUAUUUGAUCGUCGACGAUCCUGUAACCUUAUUGAAACGAAUUUUAAAACAACUCAUCUUGAUUAAUCCUUAUUUGAGAGCCAAUGUUCGACGUGGUAUGAGCAGGAAUGGAACUAGUAAUAGCACUGCCCAAACCACUUCAAUCAUUUCCUAUCAUAAUCAUUCCUUAGCACCUUGGCAAUGGAGUGUAUAA